AUGAACAACGAGGCCGGCGGUGCCUCCAAGGCGUCGCAGGCCAGCUCCUCUUUGAGCGCGCCAUCUGAUGUCUCUCAUCAGCAGCAGCAGCAACUACAGUAUUCAGAUCACGCUAGUCGCCGCUCAUCGCAGUCCUUGCAACACGCGCAACACGCAUCGCCCCCUCGACAGUCAUCCUUUGACUCUCCUUAUCAGCCGUACCCUCCGGCACCUCCACCGCUGAAUACAGCAGUCCAGUCGCAUUCCAGUCUAAGCCCACCGCCGGUCUCAACUCCCUAUAGUGCCGGUCCACGAGAAUCCCACGCUCCGUCGGCCUACAGUAAUACGCACAUUCAGGGUCCGGCGGGCCCCGUAGCUUCCCCAUACACACCCCAGCAGCCCAUGAGUGCCGGAAUUCAGCAGAGCGACCAACAAUCCUACUUUGCGCAACAGCAGUCCAAUUCGCUCCAGUCGUUGAUGACCAACCCGCUCGGCGCGGGCGAAAAUGUGCCUCGCGAAAAUCCGCUGUCCGCCUCCCAGCCGCCUGCUCCCCAACAAUUUUCUCCCUCCACGCACCGGUCGAUUUCCGGCACUCCUCUCGGUCCUCCGCCGGUCAUCACUCUCGGCAAUCGCCUCAUUCCACGCGUCCACAGUCCUCGGGCCCUGUCCAGUGGUAUCAAGCACGACUCUGUGGACCCUUCGAGCCCCCAGGUGCCUUCUCGCCAGAACAGUACCGCGGCCACAUCCGAAUCCGCGGGUGUCCCUGCCUCCCGUCCUCCCCUUGAUCCCACCUCCACCGAGGGUCCCACAGCACUAGCUCCAUCGGCCGCGGAAUCCGUCCCUCAUCGCUCGCCAGUGCCCAGCACACAGCCUCAGUUUGCCAGCUCUCCUUCGGCCUCGCGAAGCAGCUCACAUCCUCUCCAGAUGGAGAUUGACAGCGACUCCAUGGACCGGCGGGCCCCCCAUCAGCCCCCGAAAGCCAAACGGAGACGGUACAACGAGCCCCCAAUCUUCGCUCAACGAUCGGUGCGGACCAAGGGCCGGUGUCCCAUCAUUCCUCACCCACAGCCACCGAUUCCCAAGCAUGUUCGAGGCUCAAGCCAAGAUCCCUGGGUCUCUCGCAGACAGGCCGCGGCAGCAGCUGUCACCUCUGUGGCCACGACGACCACGCCAGCAGCUCGCGCCGCCCGGGCAUCCGGCCCAGCAGCAUCCCCACCGGUCGCAAAUGCCCCGGCAGCUCCUCUUCCGUCCGUCACUGCCGCUCCUACCACGACUGCUGUUGGCACAGCGCGCCCGCAGCAGGUCGGAUCCCUGGGUCCCUGGGAGCCCUCGAUCACUGGAUUUAUCCCCUACGAAGAGCUCACGAAACAGCUCUGCGAUUUCCUCUUCCAGCAUGUUGUUGUGCGAACCGACGUGGCGGUUGAUGCGUCAGGGUCGGUCUCAGCUGGGCCGGGCACGAUUAUCGAGAUUGAAGCCAAACUCGGUCAUGUCAUUGACCAAGACCGUCGUGAACGGUUGGUGUUGCCUGUGCUCACCGAGAGUGUCAUCAACCGAGAAUCAAGAUUGCGCACUUCAUUCGAGAGCAACAUGACCGUGGAGCAACACCGUGCCAUGAACAAUUUCCUCAAUGAGCAAGUCAAGGCGUCCAUGGCCAGCGGCUCGUCACGAAUCCCCAUCUCUUACACGCACAAAAAGGAGCGCGACACGUUUUACGAAAUCUCGCCCCACGAACUACCACCGCUUAUCCGACAGAAUCUGAACCCUCGCCACAAACCCAAGGUGCGAGUGACCACCGAUGUCAAAACCGGCGAGAUUAUCGCCAAAAUCGUCAAAUGUCGAGUGGCCGACAUCGACGUCUACAGCCCUCGCACGCCUGUGGACUGGCGUGUCUCUGUGAAUCUGGAAAUGGAGUACGAUGGGGAUAUCAGCCAUCUGCCCAUGGUCGACGCAUCCAAGGGUGGACGGGGUGAGCGCAACAAAGACCGCAUGAGCUAUAAACAUUUGGCCUAUCAGAUCGAUCUGACCCAAGUGGCCACAGUGGAGGCCCCCACAAAGCACGAUUUCGAGCACGAGCUCGAAGUCGAACUCUCAGCUGCAGAGGUCCGCCGCCAGGGCAAUCUGGCCAUGGCGGGUGAUCCUUCGAAUCAAUACGAAGACCUUGUCAAGGGCUUCGUGGAUAACAUUCGUGUCCUGGCACGCGCGGUGCCGCCUUGA